AUGGCUCUAAAAAAAGUCAUGAAUUUGUUAAGGAACGACAAGAUAGAGAAGAGAGAAAUUUUAAUACUUACGGAUUGCAAAGCCACGAUCAAGGCCUUAGAGAAUAAUAACCUAUCGGUUUACAAGAACACAUACGUUGUAGAGGCGAGGAGAAGAAUCAACAGCCUGAAGAAGGACUAUAAUAUACAAGUGUACAUAGUAUGGAUACCAGCGCACAGGGGGAUGGCCGGAAAUGAGAUCGCGGACGUUUUGGCCAAGGAAGCGUCACAGGAAGAAUCACAGGAUUUUAAGGUUCCCUUUACGGAUUUCUACGCGGAACAUAAAAUCAAGGAAUGGCACAGCACAAGAGAAGUGAUAGAAAGGGAGGCGGAAUAUAAGGGAAGAUACUAUUUUAAAUAUUUCUACAGGAAAGAUGCAAGGAAGAGUUGGUUCAAGGGCCGACACACUGAGCGAUACUUCGGAACGUUGAUGAAUAGGUUAAGAGCGAAUCAUUAUAACCUGGCGUGCUCGCUGGCUAGAAAAGGAUACGUGGAAUCGGACCAAUGUGAGUGUGGAGGGGGUAGAGAGAGCCUCGACCAUAUGGUAUGGGCGUGCAGAAAGUACAGUUCAAUAAGGGAAUGGCUGGCGACGGAGAUCGACAGUAGAGGCCUCGAGAAUACGGACGUGGAGCCUAUUGAGGAUAUCUUGAAGAGGGAGGACUGGGAUAAACUUUACCUGAUAUACCAGUUCAUCAGAAGGACAGGAAGGACGGUGUGA